GCGCCCUGGAAGAAAACUCCCUGAAACCUCCUUUCCUUAGAUUUCAAUCACAACAUCGGAAAUACAGACGUUAUUCUGUGCUUUACGUGAUCUCUUUAUUAGCAAUUUCGAUAUUGCGGAGGUUAGGAGUGGCUAGUUUGCAUACUUUUGAUUGACGCGAAGUAGUUCCAAGCGGAUGUAGAUCCCCGUUGUUUGUCAAGCAGGCUCAGGGGACGGAUUUUCCAGCAUGGCGAAGCCGAGGAGAACACGUCUUGAGCCGCCGCAAGAGUGUAGAGCCCAUGUUUCCCGAUCGGGAUGAAUCCAGAUUCUCCAGAGUGCUGUAGCUGGGCCAGACUAAACAACUCAGGAUGGAGGGGAAUACAGGAGUACUGAGAAUAUGUGCCAUAGUUUUCGUCACUGUGCUGUGCAGACUAGCAGUCUGUCAGCGGACGCCAUCUCCACCAGGAGACUUCCGAUUCACGCGGAAGGAAUACAAUGCCACAAUCAUGGAGAACUCGCAGGCAAAGACCUACGUAAAGAGCCGUCAGAAAAUGGGGAUCUACAUCACUUCAGAUCUGUCGGCCAGCGUCAAGUAUUCCAUUGUCGAUGGAGACCCACUCCAGUUGUUCAAAGCAGAGCAGCAUUUAGUGGGAGAUUUCUUCUUCCUCAGAAUAAGGACCAAAGGGGGUAACACAUAUGUACUUAACAGAGAGGUCACAGAUAGUUAUAAGCUCCGAGUCAAAGCAGAAGUAAGGAAAACCAACAGUAGGAAACUAGAGUUCUGGGUGGACGUGUUUUUAGCAGUACAAGACAUGAAUGACCUAAGACCGCUGUUUUCACCGACAUCCUACUACAUCUCGGUUAGCGAAGACACACAAAUCAGAUCCAGCAUUGCUCAGGUAACGGCUACGGAUGCGGACAUUGGCACAAAUGGGGAAUUCUAUUAUAGUUUUAGCCAAGAGACAGACACAUUUGCAAUCCAUCCAGCGAGCGGAGUCGUGUCUCUAACAAGACAGCUUGACUACAACCAGACCCCGAGAUAUGAGCUGACAAUCAUAGCUGAAGACAGAGGUCUCCAUCCGGGUGGAUCAGGGUUUUCCAGCACAUCUAGACUGCAGAUAACAGUCGUACAGGAUAACCUACAUGCCCCUGAAAUCCUGGUAAGAACUUUGCCAAUGGUUGUAGAGCAUAAUGCCGAACCUCUCACGUAUGCCGUCAUCACUGUCUCAGAUAAGGACAGCGGGAGGAAUGGAAACAUUCAGGGCUUGGAGAUCAUCAAGGGCAAUGAGGACGGCAAAUUCGAGAUACAGACUGGUGGCAAACAGAACGAGUUUGCUAUCAAAGUGCUCCAGACAUUGGACAGAGAGACCACGCCAAACGGAUACAACUUAACUCUGAGGGCUUCGGACAAAGGACAGCCACCAAAGUUCUCGGAGAAAGUCUUGUUUGUCCAACUGAUGGACACGAAUGACCAUGCCCCAGUGUUCAGUCAGACCAGGUAUGAGGUAACAGUGAGCGAGUUUGCACCUGUAAACACACCUGUGGUGAUGGUUCAAGCCACUGACCCAGACACAGGCCGGAACGCCGAAAUCGUAUACGACAUCCAGAGGGGGAACAACAAACUGAGGUUUGGGAUCAACUCAAGAACUGGUCUCAUUUACACAAAGGGAGAGCUGCACAGGGAAGAGAGGGCCAGUUAUGAGUUGACCGUUGUGGCCACUGAUCGCGCAAACCCCAGCAACAGGAAGAGAAACAGUGCCGUGGUUGUGAUAAAUAUUGAGGAUGCCAAUGACCACGAUCCUGUCUUCAACGACUCCAAGCUUUCUGCCAACAUCAAUGAAAACGAAAAGGCAGGGACUUGGGUCCUGGAGGUAUCAGCGUACGAUCUGGAUGCUGGAGAGAACGGCUAUCUCACGUACAGUUUGGCCAAUGUCAACCCCGUUCCAUUCGAGAUUGACCACUUUAAUGGCUGGAUCACCACAACUAAGGAACUGGAUUAUGAGAUGAUGCCACAGAAGUACAUGCUGAGAGUCCGUGCAUCAGACUGGGGCUCACCCUACAGGAGGGAGACGGAGAUGACUAUCCCUGUCAAACUGCAGAACAUGAAUGACAACACCCCUCAGUUUGAAAAGGUGAAGUGUGAGGGGACGCUCUCACGGGAUGCCCCCAUCGGCCAGAGAGUACAUACCCUAUCCGCCAUUGACGAUGACCCUGCUGACUAUGUACGCUACGAGAUCUUGUCUGGCAAUGAAAACGGUUUGUUUGAGUUAAACCCGACGUCUGGGGACCUGACACUUGCACGCAAGAUUGGUCAGUUUGAGCCAUCGUUCAUCAGUCUGAAGGUAACUGCCACUGACGGAGAUAACCAGGCUUCUCCUGUGUACCUCAACAUGACUGUUACCAACAGCAUGCAGGGGAAUGACUACAUAAACCUCCAGUGCCAGAGCACAGGUGUAGCUCAGGAGCACAUGCGCAAAGUCCAACAGAAAAGCCGCAUCAAUGCUCUUGAAGAGGAUGAGACCAUGCACUUCUCUGAUAUCCACACUGUGAACCUGCAUGCACCCGAGAUCGAUUCUGGAAUUCCGAGGGAGAUCGAUAUAGGAGAGGACAGUUCGGUUGGAACUGUGUUAGCUACUGUGAAUGCGAGGGACAGUGACACAGGGUACAAUGGCAUGGUCGUGUAUGUGAUUGCAGAGGGCAAUACAGACAGCUGCUUCACAAUAGGAAUGCAGAGUGGAGAGCUAAGUAUUCUCAGUCCUCUUGACAGAGAAAGAACCGAGAGUUACAUCCUCAACAUCACUGCAACAGACCUUGGCAAGCCAAGCAAAGGAGCAUGGAAGCGGAUCACCAUCAAUGUCAUGGACGCAAAUGACAACAAACCACGGUUUAGCCAAGACAAGUAUGAAGAAACUGUAGACGAGAACAUUGAUAUUGGGUCAACCAUACUGCAGGUGUACGCGUCCGAUCCCGACAGCGGGUCGGCAGGUGCCGUCAGGUAUUCCUUGCUCACUGGAACAGAAAAGUUUUCGAUAAACGAGAAGUCGGGUGUUAUCAAAACAACAGCUGCGCUAGACAGAGAGGAGGCAGCCGUGCACUCUCUGAGAAUUCAGGCAAGGGAUCAAGAUGAAAGUUACCCAUUGUCAUCUGUUGUCACAGUGACAGUGACCCUGCAAGACCUCAAUGAUAAUGCACCCAAGUUCAUCCCAGAAAACUACAAGGUGAAAGUCCGAGAGGAUCUACCGAAAGGAGCGGUUAUUCUGAUGCUGGAGGCUCAGGAUCCAGAUGAGGGGCGUGGAGGGGAGAUUCGCUAUUCCCUGCAAGACGGGGACGAAGGAAAGUUUGACGUGGAUAGGUUGACGGGCGUUAUUCGAUUGGUUGGGAUGCUGGAUUUCGAGGAUAGACAAGUGUACAACAUCACAGCUCGUGCCAAGGACAAGGGCUCGCCACAGCUCACAUCAACUUGUAAAAUAGAAGUUGAAGUGAUUGAUAUUAACGAAAACCUGUACGCUCCAGAAUUUCCGAGCUUUGUCAGCAAUGGCACUGUGUAUGAGAAUGAGGAGGUCGGAACAGAAGUCUUACGGGUUGUUGCCACGGACUUGGACAGCGGGAACGACGGGAAGGUUGUUUAUUCCAUUCGGGACGGAAGUGGGCUCGGACGCUUCGUGAUUGACGAUGAAGGUAUCAUCCGCACUGCGGAGGUCCUUGACAGAGAAACGGAGUCCCGCUAUUGGCUGACAGUUUACGCCCAAGAUCGUGCCGCUGUCCCGCUGUACAACAUCAUCGAGGUUUACAUCGAGGUGCUAGACGUGAACGACAACGCGCCUCUCACGGAGUUUCCCAUCUACUACCCCUCCAUUGACGAGGGGAGUGGAUCGGGCAAGUCCGUGAUACAAGUCCGUGCGUCUGAUCCCGACGAAGACGGGACGCAGAAACUGACAUUCAGGAUCACGUCAGGCAACCCGCAAGGCUUCUUCCAGAUCAAUCAAAACUCAGGUUUGAUCACAACGACAAGCCGGAGAUUAGACAGAGAGCAGCAAGCAGAGCACAUAUUGGAGAUUUCCGUGUCGGACAAUGGCAGCCCUCCCCAGGUCUCGACGACACACGUGGUUGUUACGGUCGCAGAUGUCAACGACAACAGUCCUGACUUUGGGACCAACACCAUCCGCAUCCGGGUUCCAGAGCGUCCUCGCACCAAUGAGAAGGGGGAUAUCUACCGGGUGGUUGCCAGCGACGAUGAUGUCGGUCCCAACGGCGACCUAGCGUACAGUAUCAAGGGAGGAAACGAAAAGGGGAGGUUUACCAUUGAUCCAACAAAUGGGAUGAUUUCUACAAGAAAGCCAUUGGUAGAUGGACAACAGUACAACUUAAAGGUAUAG